AAAUCAUUGAAUGGCUGGAUUCUUCUGAAUCCUCUACUUAUCAUCGUUACUAUUACUGCGUCGUGUUGUUGAAUCCCGCUUAUAAAUAGUGGCACUGAAUGUGGGACAUGGCCCCUCCGGUCUAAUCUGCGGCUGAUUAUGACCAAUAGUGCGGAUUUAAAGGCGGUACAUCAAAGAAGUGAUUAGAGGAGCGCGCCAAAGCGAAUUGCUCGGAUGUGGGAGCGCAUCUGGAUGUGUGACGCUAAGCCACUCGAAAAGGAGCAGCGCAGCCCAGGAUACACAGCGUAAUGGAAUCUGCUUUGCUGCUUUCCUGUGGCUGCCGCAGGAGCGAUUAAAAAAAAAAAAGAAGAAGAAUUCCGCCAUCGGGUGCCACGGGCUUAGUUCAGUUAUUGAGCCAAUUGAAUGGAAUCGCGUCAGAAACGUGAAGAGUUAAUCCAUCCGCAUCCUCCUGCCGUGGCUUUCUGACUGGGCGCUCCCGCUGCCAGGCUGCUGCACUUUACGAGACGCGGACCUGUUCAGUAUGCGAUCGUCCGGGAGAAGCAAAUCCUAAAUCUACGGUGCUGUUUUGGGGUAGAUUGGUAAAUAAUUUAGUAACACAGCUAAAUUCUAAGAGUUUCACAUUUCCCGUUCUAUCUUUUUUUCUUUCCAUUUCGGCUAAACUUCUCAUUCACCGGUUACUGCAGGGGUCUUUUUUUUCUUCCAGAAAUAACCUGCUCCCAUCUCUUAGGAAUAAGAACCACUGACCGCGCCUGCAGUCCGGCACGCUAUUAUGAUAAUCUCAAGCAGCAGUCGCUCGUUAGAGCGGGUUCAACAUGCUCUGUCUGUUAGGCUGUGGCGCUAAGAAGACGACAGCUUUUGAGCUUUGCCUUUAAAAAAAAAAAAAAAAAAAAGGCAGCCCUCGAUUAUAUUAUUAUGGGGACCUGGUGGUGCUUUGCGGCUUGUAUCGCAGUCUUCGCUCCUAACGAAAAGGAGAAAACGUAUCAUGCUGCCGUUUCCUCAGCGCUGUGCUCAGCUCCAGUGGGCUUCUCCGGUGCAACAAGAGUUCUUGCGUGAGGAUAAGCGGAGAGGAGAACUCUCCGCGGCGGCACGGCUGAUCGGAAACACCUGCCUCGCGUGUUUUCUUCUGAUAUCCAAGGAAUAACGGGAUCACGGAUCGGAGCGUGUCUGCGGGGAAGUAAAGCACUAAGGAUGUUUUUCUUCUGCAUGCAGUUUUAAACCGUAACAACCUGGAAUUUACCCAGAGGAUUGUGAAGAGAUGAUUGUAGCUGCGUGCUUCAUCCGAAGGAGGGAGGUGGCGGAAUUAAUUCGGUAACCUUUUUUUUUUGUGGACCUCACUGGACAUCUCGCUGGGAACUACAGGGCUGGGCUUUUUUAUUGAUAUUAUUUUUAACUAUCUACAGAUCGGAAUUACUAUUAAUAUAUUUUUUACUUCGGCUGUCCCCUCUUUCACAGGCUAGCCUGCGAUUGACCACCGUUGUCUCAGUAAUACCAAACGGUUGUCGCUCGAUUGUAUAAGAAUCUGCCGUUUAUAAUUCGUCUGAGCGGAACACCGACUGCACGGGAGAGCAUCUCUGCCGUCCCCUCCAUGCUCGCUUAUCACUGAUGGCAGACUGUGCAAGCCCAACUUAAAGGGAUCGUGAAUUUUCAUACAUUUUGUUUUAUUCGUGAGCGGGGAUGCACCAUACUAAACAGCCAAAUUCGACGACUCGAAAGGGAUUCGGCGCGUGAGGCAGGACAGACCACAGCUUCCAGCCUCGAGGAAGGGGUCGAUAUUAAUGUACCACUUUAAAGUUUGGGCACUCGCCAACCAGACGACAAAUGACCCAGCUUACAUUUCUUUGGUGUAAAACCCACGAAGCCACUAGAAGAGGGCAUUCACUUGAGGAUCAGCACGUAAGCCAGAAGGAGAGUUGACAUUGGCCAAGUCUGGAAUACACGACAGAGACCUGCUAAUAAAGUGGUCCACCCAGGACAGGAUGUUACCCUGAAGCUUGACUGCCACCGGUUGAUCACAUUUUCUAAAGGACUGGCAACUACAGAGAAAAGAUCCUGUGACAGGGGUUUGCCCACCUCAGGCAGAAAGCACAUCGAGGCAGCAGGUACUGUAUGGACCAGUAAGCUGAUAUACCAUGGAAAGGCUUGUCUUCUGUGUGCUGGUGUUUGGUGUGUUGGUGAAGGCUCAUAACUGCCCUGGUCGCUGCAUUUGCCAGAAUAUCUCACCUACCUUGACCCUGCUCUGCGCCAAAACUGGGCUACUCUUUGUACCACCAACCAUUGACCGGAAAACAGUGGAGUUGCGCCUUACAGACAACUUCAUCACUGUCAUCCGCAGGAAAGACUUUCUUAACAUGACCAGCCUUGUCCACCUCACCUUGUCCAGGAAUACCAUCAGUCAGAUUAUGCCUCAUGCCUUUAUGGAUUUGAGAGCACUGCGAGCUUUACACAUGGACGGCAACAGAUUAAACAUCCUUAAGAAUGAGCAUUUUAAAGGACUUGGCAACCUGCGGCACCUUAUUUUGGGGAAUAAUCAGAUCCACCAUGUGGGCCCAGCUUCAUUUGAUGAGUUCCUAGGGACGAUCGAAGAUCUGGACCUGUCUUAUAAUAACCUUGAGACACUUCCGUGGGAAGCAAUUGGCAAGAUGGUCAAUAUUAAUACACUGACACUGGAUCAUAAUCUCAUUGACCACAUAGCUGAAGGAACAUUCUCCAUGCUUAAUAAGCUUGUAAGACUAGAUAUGACAUCUAACAGACUGCAAAAGCUGCCACCGGACACAUUAUUCCUCCGUGCUCAAGUGCUGGCUAAUGCCAAGGGUUCCAAUCCAUCCUCUUUAGCAGUCAGUUUUGGGGGUAACCCCCUUCACUGCAACUGUGAGCUACUUUGGCUCAGGAGGUUAACCAGAGAGGAUGACUUGGAAACAUGUGCUUCUCCAGAACAUCUGAUGGACAAAUACUUCUGGUCUAUCCAGGAGGAGGAAUUCAUUUGUGAGCCACCUCUUAUCACAAAGCACUAUGCCUCCACACCAUUUGUAAUGGAGGGCCAAGGAGUGACUCUGAAAUGCAAAGCCGUUGGAGAUCCAGACCCUUCCAUCCACUGGAUUUCUCCGGAUGGGAAGUUAAUCCACAAUUCUUCCAGAACGAUCAUUUUUGAAAAUGGAACCUUGGACAUCAUGAUCACCACUCUUAAGGACAGUGGCUCUUUUAAUUGCAUCGCAACUAAUGCUGCCGGAGAGGCCACAGCUCCAGUGGAGGUCACCAUUGUCCCUCUGCCCCUUUUUGUAAACAAUACCAGCCACCUGAAAGAGUCAGAUCCAGGAUUAUCGGAUAUCACUACAUCCUCUAAGUCAGGUUCCAAUGACACCAAAAACCAGGACAAAAAGGUUAUGGCAGGAGAGUUGACUUCAUCAUCAGCCAUCAUCCACUGGCCUUCAGAGAGCCAUAUCCCUGGCAUUCGCAUGUAUCAGAUCCAGUACAACAGCACUUCAGAUGACACUUUGGUCUACAGGAUGAUUCCCUCCACCAGCAAGACAUUCCUUGUAAACGAUCUGGCGGCUGGACGAGAUUAUGACCUCUGUGUCCUAGCAGUCUAUGAUGAUGGCAUCACCUCACUGACAGCCACCAGGGUCGUGGGGUGUGUCCAGUUCACAACUGCCAACGAAAACAGCCAGUGCAAGUUUAUCCACAGCCAGUUCCUUGGUGGCACCAUGAUCAUUAUCAUUGGGGGCAUUAUUGUGGCCUCUGUGCUGGUGUUCAUCAUCAUCCUGAUGAUCCGCUACAAGGUCUACAACAGCCACGAUGACCAUUGCAAUGCCAAAGUCAGCAACGUCUACUCGCAGACUAAUGGCAGUCAGGCAGCUAUGCAUCGUUCCUCUUCCAAGCAGCCAGAGGAGAAGAUGGAGCUGCACACAAAGGAGUCCUCCACCAAAGAUCUCAAGGCCUUGGUUCUGAAAGUAGACUGUGAGAGGCAAGAAGGGCAAGCGCAGACAACUGCAGUCAUUUCAGAGGGCCAGUCUACACCUUUACCUCUUGAGAGGAGAAGAACGCGUGCUAGCUUGGAUUUGCAGCAAGCAGCUGCUUUAUUGUCUUCAGAGGAAGGACAGACUGACAGCAGCAUCAUGGGAUCCACAAUGUCCCUCUGCUUGAUAGGUUCCACAAGUAACAUGGAGCCAUCCAAAAUCAGAGACAAGAAAAGGCCGUUGGGUAACAUAGGUCUGCUGCCCAGUGACAUUGCAAGAACUCGGCACCGGUUCUCCUUUGACGGAGACUACUCUCUGUUUCAGAGUCAUAGUUACCCAAGGAGAGCAAGGACAAAGAGACACAUGUCCUCCACCGCUUUAAAUGUGGAGGCGUCUCCUUUGGGGAAUCGGCGUGUAACCUUCAGCAGCACUGAGUGGAUGCUGGAAAGCACAGUUUGAGUUUUGCACACAUGUGACAGUUAGAGACAUCUCUGUCCGGGGAGUUGCAGAGAACGGUACAGGCGCAUGUCACUUCAGAUGCAGCUGUGCCUUAAUAUAGCAAUGCACCUUCCGGGGGACGCUGCUCUAACUGUUUUAGAAAUUCUUUCAAAGCAGGAUGUGCUAAAGGGGUGAAAUUUCUGAUGUGCCAAUCAUGUGCCCAUUAUCUAUAUAUAUAAAUAUAAUGUAACUUCCCAUAUGAUUGGGGCACGAUAAACCAAUGAGUCAAAGGUCAUGUAGGCGAAGAUCACGUGACCAAGGGAAUGGCAGUAUUUUCUAAGGAGCUUCUCCCCAGAGUGCAUGGCUCUGCACAGAAGAAACCGAGGACUAUAAAUUCACUCAGUCGGUAAAGUGACGGCAAAGGUGGUCUACACACCCAGUGAAAACAUUCAUUAAUAGGGCCUGGGAACUCACACGGAAUGGACUUCAUGUUCCUAACGACAAACUCUGUGAACUCAUGAAUAUUUAUUGUAUCUGGCUGGUCUAGAUAAAAAAACAAAAGAACAAAAACAAGAGAAGGAGUCUGUGUAUGUGUAUGAAAUAUAAAAUCGUUAAGUCAGAAGACUUGUGGUGUUUAGGGGGAAAAGGGGCAUUUCAAGUGCUGAUCACAAAUUUUUACAUUAAAAAUCUGUGCCAGCUCACGGUCCCUUUCGUAACUAUAUUCAAGUCUGGAGCACUGAUACUUUUAAGGGAUAUUAAAGCUUUUGUGU